AUGCGCACAGAUCGUGUAUCCGAAGCCACACGCUACGAUGUCUUCCUGAAGAACCAGCACUCUGAGGCACUAGAGAAGGCAGCAAAGCUCGACAUGACGAGUGAUAUUGAGCUGAUGGAGACUGUUCUCCGCCUCGGAGAUAACGUAACCCCGCAUGACAUCACCUCGGCAUCCCCAAAGAAAACAUCACGACCUCCUCUCCUUCCACUUCUCGUGAACAAUCAUCUUCAAGCACUCAAAAUGUCCGUAUUCCGCCCCUCCGCCCACGCCCUAAUAACAGGCGGCGCAUCCGGCGUCGGCUACGCCGUCGCCCAACUCUGCCUCAAACACUCCAUGCGCGUCUCCAUCGUCGACUUCAAUCAAUCCUCUCUCGAAAUCGCGCGCAAAAACCUCUCCGGUGAUGUAAAAUGCAUCCAAGCAGAUGUCUCGUCUCGCUCAGACUGGUCGUCCAUCCGCGAACAAGUCGGCACCGACGUUGACUUUCUGAUGCUAAACGCCGGCAUCGGCGGAAAAGGAACGUGGGGCGAUGAAGAUUACUUUGAUAAGAUCCUCGCUACGAAUCUGGGAGGUGUGGUGAAUGGGUUGAAUGCCUAUGUUCCGGCUUUCAAGGAGAGGGCGGGGAAAAACGCAGAGGGGAAGAGUGCGAUUGUGAUUACGGGGAGUAAACAGGGUAUCACGAAUCCGCCUGGCAAUCCUGCGUAUAAUGCGAGUAAAGCGGCUGUGAAGACGCUGGCUGAGCAUUUGAGCUAUGAUCUCAAGGACACUGAUGUUGGGGUGCAUCUGUUGGUUCCAGGUUGGACGUUUACAGGGCUUUCUGGGAACGAGCCAGGCUCCACCAAGGCCAAACCGGAUGGUGCGUGGUCAGCGGACCAAGUAGCAGACUACAUGUACGCCAAGAUGCAGGACAAGAAAUUCUACAUCAUCUGUCCUGACGACCAGGUCACGGAGGAGACGGACAAGAAGCGCAUGUUGUGGAGUGUUGGGGAUAUCGUGAAUGAGAGGCCGCCUUUGACUCGAUGGAGGGAGGAGUACAAGGAGGAGGCUGAGAAAUGGAUGGCGGAGCAGAAAGUGUAA